AACAUUUGACAGGUGAUCGACAGAGAAACGUGACUAUAAAAAGUAAAACAAAACCAUGGGGCGCCUGGCGAGAAAGAAACAACACAAGGGAGAUAAACCAGUCAAAGAGAAAUACAGAACAAAGAGGAAAACUAAAGACUUGGAUGAAAUCCACGAAGACAUGAAGCCAGGCAAAUCACGGAAACUACUGAAUCAGGAUGUGGAUUUUGACAAACCAGGGGCGGGGCAGUUUUAUUGUCUACACUGCGCGAAGUAUUUUAUUAAUGAAGACUCCUUGAAGACACAUUUUAAAAGUAAACCUCAUAAAAGAAGGUUAAAAGCCCUGUCCAUAGAGCCCUACUCUAUAGAAGAAGCAGAGAGAGCAGGGGGAAUGGGGUCUUAUAAAGUGCCAAAGAAGGUUACCGUGGAAACACAAUCAACAAACAUGGAUACUGAUGACACAUGAUGGACCUAUACUGACUCUUUAUCUGUUACUGUUUGAAAUUAAUAUAAGACUUUAUAUUUUUUGAAAUCCUAAAAUUCUUUUAUUGGAAGGAACUAUAAGAUCAACAGAUCCUUUUAAAAAUAAAACAGUGAAGUUCAAAAAAGGAUGAUUAUUUUUGUUAGGGGGUUGGGGUAUUAAGAUGUUUUAUUAAUUUAUUCAGAUUCACUUACCAAAAAGAUGUUGCGAGUAAAACCAUUCCAGAAUUUUAACUUGCAAUAUUUUUAAUGAGCUUGGAUAUUAAUUAUCUGAAAUUCAUUCUAAAAA